UGCGCCUGCGCAGGAGGUUUAAAUCCGCGGCGGCCCGUUGGUUCCGGACUGGUCGGGGUGGGGGUGCGGUUGCUGCUGACAUGGAGCUGGCGUCUUGCGCGCGGGUGUUUGAAGCCCAGAUACAGAGCUACCAAGGGGACGACCCGCUGGAUCCCUGGGACAGGUAUGUGACGUGGGCAGAAGGAUGCCUUCCUGUUCAAGAUGGGCAAAAACACAUAUCUGCCUUGUUAGAGCAGCUUGUCAAAACUUUCCUGAAUGAAAAGCGGUACCACCAUGACACAAGAUUUGUUAACCACUGCAUUGCGCUGGCAGCAUUCUUGAAUACUCCUAGUCAAUUUUUUGACUACCUCUACAGCCAAGGAAUUGGCACCAAAGUAUCUGCAUUCUAUAUUACUUGGGCUCAGUACCUUGGGAAUGAAGGUAACAUGCAAGAAGCUGGUGCCACUCUUCAAAAAGGUAUUCACAACCAGGCAGAACCAAUGGAAAAGCUGCAACAGCUGUACAGGCAGUUCCAGAGUUGCAUAUUUCAGAAUUCUUCUCCGAUCCAAGUAUCUGCAGCUCAACCUCUUCAGAAUUCCCAGUCUACAAAUCAAAUGGCUCCUCCAAAAGAUGUCCCUGACCCUGGUGAUCAAGCAUGUGUCAUCAAAAAUCAGGGUUCAGUGCUUGCUGGAACUCGCUGUUCUUCUGGUGAAGUAGAAAAAGUAGAAUAUGUUACAUAUAUUUCCAAGUCUGCAGUUCUUCCAAAGCCAUCUUCAGCCUCCAGUGGAUAUGAGCAGGUUGCUGUGUAUAAUAAAAGCCAGCUUGUUUGUGAAGGCUCAGAACUCUCUUUCGAAGAACUAAGAGCCAAGCGUUAUUUUAAGAAAUAUGAACGACUGAGAAGACAAAAAGAACAGGAAAAAGAGGAAGAGGACUAUGCAAAGAGAAAAGAAUCUGCCCUUCUUGAGCUACAACUCCUCCAUCAGAAAUUUGAACAGCUUAAUGGGCUGUUAACGUUAAAAGAUCCAGUGGAAACAAAGUUGGAAGAAGCAUCUGCAUUGCAAACUGUGUCCACUAGAACAGAGCUUCAUCCAGCUGUUGUGCCCUAUGCAUCUCUACCACAAGACUGGGCAGUAGCUCAUCCAACUACAAAUCUGCAAACCUCAUGGUGUUUGGGGCCAGACCAGUUGCCGUCAAGUACUUCAGCAGCUCUUAGUCCUGUGCCACAACCAGUUAAAGCUAUUGGCCAUCAGACUACCCUAUCCUCCUUAAUGGAAGCAGCAGACAAUAAAGAUGCAAGCAAAGCUACACUGGAUCUUGGAGAACUUCAGAAUGGUCUACUACAACUUGACAUCAACAGCAGUGCUGUGUCUCUUCCCACUCAGGAGCAUUCUAACUUCACCCAUGGUCAUGACAUUGUACAGCAGUGCUCAAACAAGAGUACAUCUGGCCCCAAGAUAGGUGGCUGUACAGAAACAAAGGAAGUACCUAAAGUUGGACAUUCUCCAUUUGUUUCUGGAAAUACCUCUCAAAUCACACCAAACACCUCCCUGGGAGGAGUAAUGCAGGCAACGCCAUUCAAAGUACAACCAUCGCCCACCGUUCAUACUAGAGAAGCACUGGGUUUUGUCAUGGAUAUGUUUCAGAUUCCCCUCCUGCAUGAAACCUCCCUUCUUGAAGACAGCAAGGAAAUGUUUGAGGCCUAUUGUAGAAAAAGUGAGACUUGUAGAAACAUGAGAGCUAAUGAUUUUGCACCUGUUACACCUGCAUUUUCCAUCUUUGAAGAUGAGCCUGAAAAAGAGAACAGCCGUAUCCCACAGCAUAAAAACAAAACUACAGAGGUCGGAGCCCUUGGAAAAUGUCUCUCAACUGCAUGUGCUGCACCAUUAAAAGAAGGCACUCGGACAACAGAGUUCUUGAUGGAUGACUCCACAGGAUGGACUGUACCGGGUAGCAAUAAAACAUUGGCACCUAGUCCAAAUAACACAAGAGACUUUGCACAUGCUGCCCAGCUUGCUUCAACUCCAUUUAACUAUGUCCCAACAUAUUCAUGGCAAAAUGUGGAGGACAAAGAAAAUGCUGCAUUGCAUGAUGGUGGGAAGAUGGCUUUGGAUUGUCCUGAGGAACUACAUAUGCAGGCGUCGAAAACCAGGAAUUUUAGCCCAGUUCAGGAGCAGGUCCAUGAAGAGUCAUUCAGUGCUCAGCAGACUACUAUAUGUGCAGAGAACAGACCACACCAGAAUGUUAAAACUCCAGCCAUUGUUGAGAACCCAUGGGAUGAUGGCUUAAUUUGCAAACUCUUAUCGGGGCUGUCUAAACCGCUGAGUACCUACUCCAAUACUUUUGAAUGGAAAUUAAACCUGCCAGCCAUCAAACUGAAGACCGAAAUUGUCUUGGGUUCUAACACAUUCUAUGUGGAUUGCUUACUGGGAGAGGGGGCUUUUGCAUAUAUCUAUCAGGCUUCGGUCCUGGAUGCAAAUAAUCCUAGAAAUAAUCAAAAAGUAAUAUUAAAGGUGCAGAAACCUGCAAACCCUUGGGAAUUCUAUAUAGCAACUCAGCUGAGAGAGAGGCUUCACUCAAGUGUACGUCAUCUGUACAUUCACUUUUACUCUGGCCACUUCUUCCAAAAUGGAAGUAUUUUGGUUGGUGAACUCUACAAUUAUGGAACUUUACUGAAUACUGUAAAUAUUUACAAAAAACUUCCUGAAAAGGUGAUGCCUCAAGCACUUGUAUUCUAUUUUGCCAUAAAAAUUCUUUACAUGGUGGAAGAGCUCCACAACUGUGGAAUAAUUCAUGGUGACAUUAAACCUGAUAACUUUGUACUUGGAGAAAGAUUUUUGGACAAUGACACCUGUGAUAUAGAUGGUCUGUCUCAUGGUCUGACACUCAUUGAUAUGGGUCAAAGCAUAGACAUGACACUCUUUCCAGAAGGACCUGCCUUUACAGGCAAAUGUGAAACAUCUGGAUUUCAGUGUGUUGAAAUGCUGACACACAAACCAUGGAACUACCAGACUGACUACUUUGGAAUUGCUGGAACAGUUUAUUGCAUGCUCUUUGGCACCUACAUGAAAGUGAGAGAAGAAGGAGGGGUCUGGAAAACUGAAGGAGUCUUCAGAAGGGUUCCUAAUGCAGAGCUGUGGCAAGAGUUCUUUCACACAUUGAUAAACAUACCAAACUGCUAUCGCCUGCCUUCAUUAAGAGCUUUGCGAGAGAGGCUACGUGACUUUUUUAACAAGUCCUUUGCAAAGAAUAUAAAGUUCUUUCGUAACAGGCUUGUAGUAUUGCUUUUGGAGCACAAACGGGCAAAAAAGUAAGUGAAUCUCAGUCAAGGAUUUACCUGGGAAAGGUCUUCAUUAAUCAAGUAAAUAAGUUUCAGAUAUCUUCAAAUAAAGGAUUGUUUAAAGUUGUGAA